AUGAUGUGGUUAGCCCCAAACAGUUCAACAUAUAAUAACAGUCUCUCCUCGCAUCAACGACAGCGAUACUACACACAGCAAAACCCACGGCUGUCCGCCUUUCUUCCCAACACCACCGCCACCUCUUCAGACCCGAUUCUUGAUAUCGACUCCGAGACCCAGUCGCAAAGCGCCUCUUCGUCGCCUCAGUCGAUCUCUCAGUUCCCGCUGUCGGCUUUCGAUAGCGUGCCCGCCGCAAGCGUCCCGCGAACACCUCAGGGUGACCUGUUCAGAUUCUCGGCACCCUCCACCCAGGCCCAGGCCCAGGCACAGGCUUUGCCUUCCGUCAACAUGAUGUACGCAGAUUCCUGGCUGGGCGAUAACAGCCAGUUCCCAGCAAAGAACAGCCACAGGAACAUGCACCAGCGCGAGUCCUCGCUCUCGUCGCUCGGGUCCCUUGGGCCGGCCUCGCCUUUCUCGUUCAACUCGACAAAUCCACAGAUCGCCAUCAACGAGUCUGGCGAAUCCUACCACGGCCUGCCCAUGGCCGAUGAUCAGACCUACCACCUCGCCGCCAAGGCACCAAAUCCAACCACCCACGACACCUUCUACACAAAUAUGCCCUACUCGUCUGAUUCUACGUCGGUUCACAAUUACGCAAACAUGCUCGCACCACAACGGCAGCGAGGUGACCGCAGCGGCCUCCUGCCUCCUCCAGAUUUCCCUAGCGGCGGCUCGACCAACUCACGUCCCGUGUCAGUGGCGAGUUCUGUCGCAAGUGACUCACCAGUCACACCGGCUGCCCCGGAGCCAGAAGAAGACAGGAGGCGAAAACCUGGUGAGGACUAUAUCCUGGCCGACUUCCUGAAUGAUGUCGACGAGAACACAGGCUUACCUUUCUUUAAUCAAACAGCCAUCCAUACUGUCCCCAAGUUGGACCGUACCAUGACCGAUAUCUACAGCGACGAGUUGUACAACCCUAACUUCUCAAUCACUUCUAUGUCGCCAUCUCAGCCCAGCCAAACCACAAUGUCGCCAAAUCAUGAGGUAUUCGCGCAGCGGCUGCAGGCCGCCAACAGCCAACAUCUCAGCGCAACACAUUCCCCGAUCUCAAUAUCAAGAGGCCGCUCGCCUUUCCGCCAGGGUUCCCCCUUGGCACCCGCACCCGCUCAGGACUUCCCUAAUCAGACUCCCAACAUGCGCUUCAACACUGCUCAGCACAUGAGGGAGAAGAGAAAGGCGGAGCAGGAUGCGGCUCAGGCCUUGCGCCAGGCUAUGGCCCAGCCCAGCACCAGCACCGGCACGCCACAGACCAUUUCGCCCAAGGAUGCAGUCUUGGAGUUCAACGAUGGGGAUAACAACAACAACUUCCCGUUGUUCUCGUCUCAAGACUCGACUGGAUUCGAUGCGAACCAGAUGUCGAAGGCCACCCCUCAAAGCAACAAUUUCGGCGCUUUGUCGCUCGACACCUCGUUUGACAACUACCUGACGUCUCAGCUGUCCUCAGGAGGAAUGCAGCUACCACAGCAGUAUCCAUUCGUCGCAAAGCACAGGCAACAGAGCAGCUUGCCGUCUGUCAGCAACGGGUCUUACUCGGUAUCCUCUCGGCUUAGCUCGAGCACAUCUGCAUCACCUGUGUCGACGGCACUGGGCAGCCCCCAGAGGCCGGACGCAGUUGGCGCGGAUGGCGGCACAUACACAUGCACGUACCAUGGUUGCACGAUGAGAUUUGAGUCGCCAACCUUGCUUCAGAAGCACAAGCGUGAGGGGCACCGCCAAGCUCAUGGCCUGAACGGUCUGCGCAGGCCAGAGGCGGUACCAACCACCUUCCUGAACACGCAAGCGGGACCUCACAAAUGCGAGCGCAUUAACCCGAGCACUGGCAAGCCAUGCAACACGGUAUUCUCACGACCCUACGACCUGACGCGGCACGAGGACACUAUUCACAACGCACGGAAGCAAAAGGUCCGGUGCGAUGUGUGCACCGAGGAGAAGACUUUCAGCCGCGCCGACGCGCUUACCCGGCACUACCGCGUCUGCCACCCAGACCUGGAAUUCCCUGGCAAGCACCGCAAGAGGGGUGGGGCGACCAGCUGA